AUGAAAUAUUGUUGUGGAGAUGCAGGGAAUCGAACCCUGUGCCUCUCGCAUGCAAAGCGAGCGCUCUACCAUAUGAGCUACAUCCCCAUUGAUGAAGUAAAGUGGAAUCGAACCCUGUGCCUCUCGCAUGCAAAGCGAGCGCUCUACCAUAUGAGCUACAUCCCCAUUGAUGAAGGGAAUCGAACCCUGUGCCUCUCGCAUGCAAAGCGAACGCUCUACCAUAUGAGCUACAUCCCCAUUGAUGAAGGGAAUCGAACCCUGUGCCUCUCGCAUGCAAAGCGAGCGCUCUACCAUAUGAGCUACAUCCCCAUUGAUGAAGGGAAUCGAACCCUGUGCCUCUCGCAUGCAAAGCGAACGCUCUACCAUAUGAGCUACAUCCCCAUUGAUGAAGGGAAUCGAACCCUGUGCCUCUCGCAUGCAAAGCGAACGCUCUACCAUAUGAGCUACAUCCCCGCUGAUAAAGGGAAAGUGUUGACCAUAUAA